AUGGGUCUUGAAGAAUCUUCCUCCCAUCAUGGGGAGGCCAUCACUCCGGUCCAGAACUCCCUGAACCCCAGCACGGAGUCCUCGUUCCAGAACAGCCCUAUUCAGAAGCCCGUGGUGCCGGCUACUGUCAAUACCGCAAUCCCCCGCAUUACCAUUCACUCCUUAGUCAUGACCCUCUUCGUCUCGCUGGGUGGUCUGCUCUUUGGAUAUGAUACCGGUCAGAUUUCGGGCUUUCAGGAGAUGGAUAACUAUCUGCAACGGUAUGGCCAGCUCAACAGCAGCGGCGAAUACGCAUUCAGCGAUGUUCGCUCGGGUCUCAUUGUUGGUCUGCUGUCCAUCGGUACCCUGAUCGGUGCUUUGGUGGGUGCUCCCCUGGCCGAUUUCCUUGGCCGAAAGUGGUCGAUCUCGGUCUGGUGUGCCAUCCUCAUUGUCGGCCUGAUUGUCCAGAUCACCUCGCCCUCAGGACACUGGUGGCAGAUGGUCGUUGGUCGUUGGGUGACUGGUCUUGGUGUUGGUGGCUGCUCGCUUGUCGUGCCCAUGUACCAAGGCGAGAGCGCUCCCCGUCACAUCCGUGGUGCUAUGAUCUCCUGCUACCAGCUGUUUGUGACCCUGGGUAUCUUCUUGGCCUACUGUAUCAACCUUGGUACCCACACUCUCGAGGGUACUGCCCAGUGGCGCAUCACCCUAGGUUUGACCUUCCUCUUCGCUAUUGGUCUCGGUGGAGGUAUGGCCUUCUUCCCCGAGAGCCCUCGCUUUGAGUUCCGCCACGGCAAGGUCGAGAGUGCCCAGCGCACUCUGGCUAAGCUCUAUGGUAUCCCAGAGAACCACGUCCGUAUCUUGGAAGAAAUGGACGAGAUUCGGGAGCAGUUCGAAGCCGAGUCUGGCGAUCAGAAAUGGCACGAGUUCAUCACUGCUCCUCGCAUGCUCUACCGCAUUCUCCUGGGCAUGGUUAUCCAAAGCUUCCAGCAGCUCUCUGGUGCUAACUACUUCUUCUAUUACGGAACCACCAUUUUCAAGGGUGCUGGCCUUUCGGACAGCUUCGUCACUCAGGUUAUCCUCGGUGCAGUCAACUUUGGUACAACUUUCGGUGGCCUCUACAUUGUGGAGAACUAUGGACGUCGCAAGUGUCUCAUCUUUGGGGCCCUGUGGAUGUUCGUGAUGUUCAUGAUUUUCGCCUCCCUGGGUCACUUUGUCUUGGAUAUCGACCAUCCCGAGAACACCCCCGGCGCUGGCAAGGGUAUGAUUGUAGUCACUUGCUUCUUCAUCGCUGCCUACGCUAUGACCUGGGGCCCCAUGGCCUGGGCCAUCGUCGCCGAGCUCUUCCCCUCUAAGUACCGCGCCAAGGGUAUGGCUCUCGCGACCGCCUCUAAUUGGGCUUGGAACUUCCUCAUCAGUUUCUUCACCACCUUCAUCACCAGCUCUAUUGACUUCGCUUAUGGUUACGUCUUCGCUGGCUGUCUCCUUGUUGCUGCCGUCGUGGUCUUCUUCUUCGUCAUCGAGGGCAAGGACCGCACUCUCGAGGAACUUGACUACAUGUACGUCAACAAGGUCGCUCCCUGGAAGAGCAGCAAAUUCGAAAUCCCGCGCCGCGCUGAGUGGACUGGGGAUGAGACUCUUUACGGUCGCAAGGAGCAAGAGAUGUAUCAUGCCGAGAACGCAUGA